AUGGCGGGCGGCAGAGCGGGGCCCCGGCGGCGGCCCAUGACCUUGGCCGAGGCGGGCCCGGGCACGGAGAACGAGCGGCUGGGGCUGGUCCGGCUGAGCAUGCUGCGAAACCCGCUCAUCAUCAAGCCAGAACUUGGAAAGCCCAUGAGAAACUGCUACUCCCUGCCAGGCCCUGAUUUUACCUAUGGGAUAUACAUGCACAAGAGAGAUGGAGGAGUUCCUGAAGCCAUAGGCCACUGGGACUCGGUGAAGGCCAAGUCUCAGCCCCAUAAAAGGGUCAUGCCCCGGGACUUCGUGGCCAUGGGCCGUGCAGCUGUGGACGAGGGCUGCACCACAGCCCGGGAGUUUGCUCUGUACUACAAGUACAUGGACAUCCGCUGCAAGGACAAGGGCAUCCUCAGAUAUGGGGGCAAGGCACCUCCAGGCAUGACCUUUGGCAGGCCACCACGGCCUCCCACUCCCAUGUUUGACAUCAUGCAACACAGAUACAAGGACCUGUGGAUGGAGGAGCAGAGAGCCCGGACUAGAGUCCAGCACAUGGUGAAGAAAAAGAUCGGCGAGGUGCGCGAGAACCGCACCACGUUCCUGCGCACGCACCCGCUGCCGGUGAAGGAGGAGUCCUUCUGGCACCCCCGGCGCUACGAGAAGGCUGAGCCUCAUCUCAGGACUUUUCCAGACCCUGAAUCCCGUCAAAAGGCUCUCAGUGCCUCCCACUGAGGAGUGCCUGUGAGCUGUCCCCUUCCCCAGAGG